AUGGCCGCCGAAAAUACCUGCUCAGCGUGUAGUUGGUCACCGGAACGCAAGAAACACUGCCAUUACAACAGCCACAUCAAAAUAUUCUACGAAGCAAGCGACCGAGGAUCGUCAAAUUUCGAGUACAGGAAUUACCAGUUCCUAUCGGAAAAUACCUCAAUACCGACACCUCAGAUCGUCGAUUUGUGGGAAGAAGACAAUGGCUCUUACUUUCUCCUCACCAUACGAAUCCCCGGCAAACCCCUAAAUGAAGCUUGUUUUUCGUUGUCGGAAGCCGAGAAGGAGAAUAUUGCCAAACAAACUGCCGAUUAUCUGAUGCAGCUCCGUGGGAUCCAAUUAAGUCAAAUGGAAAUUCUUGACGGGAAACCUCUGUACAGUGUAUUCCUGUUCGGAGGCGAAUUUGGAGAGGGAAAUGGGCCAUUGACAUCCGAUGACGAGUUAUGGAACGAGAUAUCUCAGUGUUUGUCUGAUGUUCCAGAAGAGAUCCGUUCCAAACUACGUGCCCAAAUGCCAACAGCCACUCUCAACACAUUCACCCACGCGACCUUACCAAUUGGAAAUGGCAACGUGACAGGGAUUCUGGACUGGGAGGCUUCGGGCUUCUACCCUGUUUGGUGGGAGUCUGCGUGCCCAUCACUUGCGUACUGUCAAGAAGAUAAGGAAUGGAAAGCACUCCUACGCAAGCACAUGCCCGAUCAUACUGACGGUCGGAACUUUUGGAGCAACUUCAGGUAUCUGUAA